GCUAUGAAGCCGUACGCUCCAGCUUUCAUUCUCCUGUGGAGUGCCGUUGGGAUGGCGAGGGCUGCCAAAAUCGUCAUUGUGCCGCCAAUUAUGUUUGAAAGCCAUCUUUAUAUUUUCAAGACUCUGGCCUCAGCCUUGCAUGACCAAGGUCACCAGACAGUGUUUCUCCUCUCUGAGGGCAGAGAGAUUCCUCCAUCUAAUCACUAUAGACUCCAGCGCUACCCAGGGAUCUUUAACAGCAGCUCCUCGGAUGAUUUUCUUCAGUCCAAGAUGAGGAGUAUCUUCUCUGGGAGAUUGACAGCCCUCGAACUGUUCGAUAUCCUGGACCACUAUUCCAAGAACUGCGACUUGAUCGUUGGCAACCAGAACCUCAUGCGUGCCCUGAAACAGGAAAAAUUUGAUCUGCUCCUGGUAGAUCCCAAUGAGAUGUGCGGAUUUGUUAUAGCUCACCUUCUAGGGGUUAAAUAUGCCGUCUUUUCCACUGGCCUCUGGUAUCCAGCAGAAGUGGGUGCUCCAGCUCCCCUGUCUUACGUUCCAGAAUUUAACUCGCUGCUCACAGAUCGCAUGAACCUAUUUGAGAGGAUUAAAAAUACUGUUGUUUAUCUUAUUUCAAGAUUUGGAGUCAGUUUUUUGGUUCUGCCAAAAUAUGAAAGGAUAAUGCAGAAACACAAGGUUCUGCCAGAAAGGUCCAUGUAUGACUUGGUGCAUGGAUCCAGCCUCUGGAUGCUUUGUACUGAUGUAGCACUGGAGUUUCCGAGACCUACGUUACCCAACGUUGUUUAUGUGGGAGGAAUCCUGACCAAACCGGCCGGCCCUCUGCCAGAAGAUCUCCAGAUGUGGGUGAAUGGUGCUAACGAAAAUGGUUUCAUCCUGGUCUCAUUUGGAGCUGGAGUGAAAUACCUGUCGGAAGAUAUAGCUAAUAAGUUAGCCCAUGCUCUGGCAAGGCUGCCUCAGAGAGUUAUUUGGAGGUUUUCAGGAAACAAACCAAGGAAUUUAGGCAACAACACAAAGCUUAUAGAAUGGUUACCACAAAACGACCUCCUUGGUCACUCUAACAUUAAAGCUUUUCUUAGUCACGGAGGUUUGAACAGCAUUUUUGAAACCAUGUACCAUGGAGUCCCAGUGGUGGGGAUUCCCCUUUUCGGAGACCAUUACGACACCAUGACUCGUGUGCAGGCCAAAGGCAUGGGAAUAUUGUUGAACUGGAAGACUGUCACUGAGAGCGAGUUGUAUGAAGCCUUAAUAAAAGUUAUUAAUGAUCCCAGCUACCGGCAGCGGGCCCAGAGGCUGUCCGAGAUUCACAAAGACCAACCCGGUCAUCCCGUUAACCGGACUGUGUACUGGAUUAAUUACAUCCUCCGUCACAAUGGAGCCCAACAUCUACGUGCUGCUGUUUACAGCCUCUCUUCAUAUCAGUAUUUCUUACUGGAUGUUGCCUUUGUUGUACUAGUGGGUGCUGCCUUACUUUAUUAUGUUUUGGCCAGGAUAACAAAAUGUAUCCGCAAACAAAGCAAACAUCUUUGGUCGAGUGAUGACCAUAGCGCCGUUAACGGACAUUACCAGAACGGGAUACCCAACGGCAAGUAUAGAAGAAACGGCCACAUUAAGCAUGAAAAAAAGGUGAAAUGAGCCAACCGCCCCAUGUAAAGUAGUAAUGAAUCAGAUCAGUAAUCAGAUUUUAUCGCUGUAACUUAGUCUAACAACUACUUAAAACCUCAGUAAGCAGUUCUAACACUCCCCUUCAGUAUGUAAUAUUAUGUGACAAAAUUCUAUGGAAGUAAGAAA